UUUAUUUUGGGUAUCGCAAUUUUUACGGUUAAUUUUUCUGCGCAUCCCUUGGUCUCGCUCCCUCUUUUUACUCUAGGGAAAAAAAAAAAAAAAAAAAAGAAAGUGUACAUAUUUUUUACCCUUUUAUGGUGGAGCACUAUUUUCGUACAUCCUUUCUGUUGGUUCCAUCCCCCGAUCUACUUCCAUAACGUGCAAAUAUAUUACAAAAGAGAAAUCGUUUUGGAGACAUGAUAUAUACGUAGGCACUAUGCUGCACUAUGAGGCAGCGAGGGGGAUGAUGGCUUGCCCCCCUCACUCAUGCACUACAGAAGAGCCAGAUACCUGUACAUAUUGCAGAGAAACACGUGGUCACUCCCUUGCAUGUUUCGCGACCCUCAACGCCACGACCCUCGCAUCGCCGCCCACGAUAUAGACCAGUAUUCUGAAACGCUACGCUCUCUCACCACAACUAUUUUCAAAGACCACAGAGAUUAUCAGCCUGGUUUUUACGAGUGUUAAUAGUAUAGAAAUGUUCUUAAUAUGUCACUAGAAUCAUAGAAACAUCCUUAAAAACACGUGUCAUUUCAACUAGAGAAUGCAGUGGAAGUGCGGCGUAGAAGCGUUUCAGAAUAUGAUGAGACAGCGAGACGCUAUCAAUAAUGCAUCAAACAUGGCCAGUGCGGCUAUAUAUUGCUUCAGUCGAGUCCUUGCGAUUAUCCUCGUGUCUCCAGCUUGUCUAUGUAUCGUGGCGGUGCUCUUCCUUCUGCUGACAACAAACCACCACGCGGCCACCAUCGCCACCCUGCUCGUCUAUCUGCAGCUGCUUGGUUCAUCUUGUGCUUCAAGGCCACACCUUCCUCGCUGGUCACCUAGACUCGGAGGGAGACUCCAGCGCCGCUAAUGUGCAGGUUCUGGAUCCCACUGUCGCCCUCAUGGGACCCACCGCCCCUCCCACAAUCCCCACUGAUACUGAGGAGGCCACCACCUCUCCCCCUCCCCAGCAACCUUCCUCCACCUCUCCUCCACCUGAAACUCAAUCCCAGUCCCAACCCCAGUCCCUACCUCAGCCCCAGACCCAAACCCAGUCCCGUCCCCUGUCACGUCCCCAGUCCCAGGGCCGUCCUUCUACCCAGCCUCAGUCCCAGUCCCAGACCCAGCCUGCCUCCAUCUCCUCUCCUGUUACUGACAGUCCAGAGGUCACUGCUUCCACCUCCACGUCUGCCUCCACCACCUCCGCCUACCCCUUCCCCACUCCACCCUUCACCGUCAGCAGGACCAUUACUUCUGUCUCCUCCUCUUCCCGCGUCCACAUCCAGACUCCCCUCGCGCAAAUCUCCCUUAAUCAGGGUGUGGAUCAUUCGGUCCUGCCUGCGCCCCACCUGCGUCCCUCACUGCUCCGCCUGGCAGCUGAGGCCCAGAAUGCAGGUCAGCAGGCAAGGAUCACCAAGCAGCUCUCCCCCUCCACCGAACCCUCAGUCACACCGGCUAACUUCCGAGACGUCCCUAGAAUACCUAGUGCUGACACCCCCCGCACCAGCGAUGCACCGCUGCGUCGUAGACAGAAACGACAGUCGACUGUUCAAAGUCCAACUCUCCCUACUACCUUUCCUAGUGACAAUGAAGCUUUGUUUUCUGACUUAACCACUUCCUCCAGACUAACUAACAGUGACCAGCUACUUCCUUCCUCCAGUGGCAGCCGCAGCGUCUCCUCCAGGGGCCGCUCUAGAUCUAGGCAAACUUCUCGUGGCCAGUUACGUACAGUCACACAGCAGUCAGUGCAAAGCCACACCGCUGUGGCCCAGCAGAGGCGGGGGGGAGGGAGGGUUGUUACUUUUGCUGACCGUCAGGCUCAACGUAGACAGAGAGUAAGACCUGUACAGAGGGUGUCUGUGGCACGUCGACCUGUGACGGCCAGUCCAGCACGGCCCCCACCUGCCACUGCCACAUUCAGGCACCAGGUGAGGGUUGGGGCUGCAACACCAGCUCGACCCCGGCCAGUGCUCUUGACAGCCCCCAGAGACCUUCCCCGUUCCCCUGUGGUUCCCUUACCCCCUGUUGACACCCCAAGACAGACCCCAUUCCCCUCAGGUGACCUCCUGCAUGAACCACCCACAGUCCUGACAGCCCAGUUCCCCUCUGACAGCCACAUCACGGUCAUUGACGAGGUUGAGGCAACAGCCCGGACCGACACCUCUGCUCGGACUCCUGACCACAAAAGCAGUAUGGCCACCACCACCACCACCACUACCACCACCACCACACCACCACCACCAUCACCUCAGUUUGUGUUCCCUGAGACCAGUUUCACCUGCACCGACAAAAUCCAUGGAGGACUUUAUGCUGAUGUUGAGACAGGAUGUAAAGUUUUCCAUAUCUGCUCAGUGGAACCCGACAGAAGUGUGAAGAGCAACAAGUUCACAUGUGGUCCUGGGACGCUGUUUGACCAGAAGAGCCGCACAUGUCAGGUGGAGAGCGGUGUCGACUGUGCUGUUUCCCCGACCUUCUACUACCUCAAUGAGCGAGGAAACUUGCCAGUCUUUGUAGAACGUGCACAACCCAUUCUUGAUCAGGCAUUCCCUGAACAGCAGUUUGACUUCCCCCGCAUUCCCUCCUCUCCCUCCUCUCCCUCCCUCUCCACCUCACGGGUCCGUCGUAGUGCAGAUGAGAGUGUAGAUCUGUGUGCCAGUCGACCGCUGGGCAGCCCUCUGGCCGACAUCACCUCAGGCUGCCGCCACUACAGCACCUGCGAGAGGCUUGCAGAUGGGCGGCUGGUGGAGACGCGACAUGGCUGCAAGAAGGAUAUGCUUUUCUCACAGAGACGGAAACGGUGUACGCUGGCAAAGAAGGUUGAGUGUGUGAAGGAGACUCUGAAUGAAAUCCUUGGCCUGGGCACUGCCACGCCACCCUCUGGGAACGGCCGCAAGAGGCGUGCUGCUGCCCUCUUGUUGUCCCACAGGUUCCGCCGGGCUGCCCUGCCUUCACUGGUCAGCAUGGUUGACUCACCCAAAGUGGAUGAUGCCCAGGUGCGCCGUGCACUCGUCAACCUAGCAGCCCUUCAGCAGUGGUCUCUGGAAAAUGCUCAGCACUCUGCAUUCAUUGAGAUGUACUCCCUCCAGAAUGGUAACCUUGACCCCAAUCCCCCAAAGAAGACCCACACCAACACCUUAUCAGACUCUGAGGCUCCCAAAGGCUAUGAGUAUGUCCUGCGCAGAAAGCGAGACCUCUCCAACAUCACCGUGGAGGGCCAAGUGGUGUUUGUGAACCACACCAUCAGUAAGGUAUCAGGAAGUUUCUCCACGGUCAUGCCAGCCUCUCAGAAACCUCAUGAGGGUGAGGAGACUCUGCCUGAGGAAGAUGAAACACGCGUCACAUUCACCGGCACCCUGGCUCUCCCCACCAUUGCCACCACCACCAUUGGCCAGCGACUCAGGACAGCUGCAGCCAUGGAAGGAGUAAAACAUGAUGAAACACAGUUAACUGGUUCCACCACUUCCACCUCAUCCCCACCAGCCAUCCCUACCACACUCUCCACCUUGACUGUGUCAGGAAUGCCUACCACAGCAACAGCCACAGUGGUAACUGUUACUGUCACUACAACAAAGACAGUCAUGCCCACAUCCAUUAAUUUUGCAUCAGCAGCAGCAGCCUUACAUUCCACAGCAGCUGUUGUUUCUAAUCCAUCCGACCUUGUUGCCAUUCAGGCAAAUGGAGAGGCCAUCCCGGGCAUGAUGGCAACUCCUGUGCUGGAUACUAAUGGAAAUAAUGGCUCACCAGAGAAUGAAGUGACAGACAAUCAGUCCAGCAAGGAAGAAGAGGGGGUCACUGAUGCCCCAGCUGCCUUCACUACUCUCUGCAUGGUUGUGCCUCCCCCCAAGUCCAAAGGAAAGAAAGGGAAUUCAUCUCCUGCCUCACACAAUCCACCUAAACAAAAUUCUGUAGGAAAAAUUACUACUACAGAAUUUGAUACAGAAGCCAGUGGUUCUUCUCCAAUACCCAGCAUUACUACUACAACUACCACUACUACUUCCACUUCUUCUACUCCCAAUAGUUCCUCUGCAGCUCCUAAUACCUCCUCUACAACUACUGGUGAUGCAUCUGCAACCUCUAGUAACUCUUCUACAACCUCUAGUACAUCUACAACACCCAGUACCACUCCUUCAGCUUCUAGUACUACUACCACAACCACCAGCACCUCUUCUACAACACCCAGCACCACUACCACAGCCUCCAGUACCUCUUCUACAACACCUAGUACCACUUCUACAACCCCUGACACUUCAUCUACAACCCCCAGCAGCACUUCAUCUACAACUCCCAACUCUUCUUCUACAACCCCUGACACUUCAUCUACAACCACCAGUUCUUCAUCUACAACCACAAGUUCUUCAACUACAACCUCUAGCACUUCAUCUACAACCACCAGCACAUCAUCUACAACCCCCAGUUCAACUACAACCCCCAGCUCUUCAUCUACAACAUCUAGUUCAACAUCUACAACCCCCAGUUCAUCUACAACCACAAACACUCCAUCUACAUCCUCCACCUCAUCUACAACCACUAGUACUUCAUCUACAACUCCCAGCUCUUCAUCUACAACUACCAGCCCUCCUGCUGGUGAGAGUGCAUCAGCUAGUGCUGCUGUGUCUACCACCACCACCACUCCUGCCACAGAGCCUCCCCCACCAGCCCCUGAGCCACAGAAUGCAAAUGAACAGCUUGAUUUAAAUGAUGCAGAAAACUCACCUCCUGCCUCUGAAUCUGCCAGUACUACCACCUCCACCACUACUACCACCGCUCCAUCUAGUACAACUUCUACUACUACUACUACUACUACUGUUACUCCAUCCACUACUAGCACUACCACCACAGAGAGUCAGUCUUCAAGCUCAAGCACAACUCCUUCCACAACUACGACAAAAACUGAAGAAACUUUGGCAGAGAGUAUUCCUGAGCAGUCUGCCCCUGCUGCUGCUGAUAAUGCUACCACCACCACCACCACAACCACCGUCCAGAGUGUUACAGACUUUGUUGUACCAGAAGGAAGCAUCAAUGUGUCCACGACAGUUGUACCAGAGAAAACAAGUAACUUGACAAAUGCAUCAUCACCCUCACCAACAGAGCCUUCCAUCACUCCUCCAAAUGGACCAUUCACUAGUGACACCUUACCUGAAACAAACUUCACCUGCAAAAAUAAGGAACUGGAGAGGUUCUAUCCAGAUCCAGAAGCCAAUUGUCAGCUAUUCCACUACUGUCUGCCAGGCUUCUCCAAGAAACAUGUACUUGAUCUGAAAUUCCUUUGCACAGGUGCAACCAAAUUUGAUGUCAAUACACAAAAAUGUGAAAAUAUGGAGACUGUAACUUGUGGUGAAGAGCAACACGACCCAGCCCCUGCUCCUGAACCUCAGGUCAAUGAGACAAUCAGCGCUUUGCAAAAUGAAACAACCACAACAACAACAACAACAACAACAGAACCAACAACUACAACAACAACAACAGAACCAACAACUACAACAACAACAGAACCAACAACUACAACAACAACAACAGAACCACCAACCACAGCAGCACCACCACCACCACCACCAACAACAACAACAACAGAACCAACAUCAACAACCACAACAACAACAACAGAACCAACAACAACAACAACAACAACAACAGAGCCAGCAACCACAACAACAGAACCAACAACAACAACAACAACAACAACAACAGAACCAACAACAACAACAACAACAACAGAACCAACAACAACAACAACAGAACCAACAGCAACAACAACAGCAACAACAACAGCAACAACAACAACAACAACCACAACCACAACAGAAGCACCAACAACCACAACAACAACCACAGCAGCACCAUCAGCACCAGAGGCAGAGACCAUGAGCAGCAAGGUGGAUGAAGCACCACUCACCACCUUGAAGCCUGAAGAUGCCACUACAGAGCGUGCAAUCCUGAAAGUUGAAAGUGCCAUCUCAGAACACACUGCUGUGAAGCUUGAAGACGCCAUUAAGGAGCAGACCAAUUUGGACACAACAAAAAUCGAGACUCAUGAAAAUGAAACAAAACUUGAGGAGGCAUCUGUCAGUGUUACCCAUCUGCCGGAGACAACAGAGGAGACAACUGUGGAGCCUGUCAUGCAGACUGAGGUUCCUCAAAUUGACCAAGAGGAGGAAAAGACUGAGGAGAACGAUAUUCCAUCAUCCACUGCAUUCAUUCCUAUUGAAGAAUUUGCUACGGAGACAGAGAUUCUGGACACUGAGCUGGUGGCUGAGCAGGAAGAAUACCCUGGCACUGAAAUGCCCAUAGAAGUGGCCACCACUCUAGAGACAGUCCCUGAGGUGGCAUCAGAAAUAGAGCAUGUUACUGAACUGGGUCCCCUGGUGCGCUCUGAAGACAGCCACGAGACGCACAGCACUGAGGGAAAAUUGACCAAUGAAUCUCCACUAGAGCUACAUGUGGAGACGUCACUGUUCUCCACAACUCUGGGUCCUUCCAUCCCCACUGAGGAAAGCUCCACAGACAUGUCAGUGUCCACAGACGUGUCUGUAGUGAGUAGUGACUUUGUGUCCAGUGCAACGCAAGUGUCUAGUGACGUUUCAGUGUCGAGUAGCGUCCAGCCCAAAGAGGAUGCAUCCUAAGGCCUAUCACUCCUUUGUAUUAGAAGGGUAUUAAUGGCAUGUUAUAAUUCAUGUCCUUAUUAAUUAAUGUACUUUUUGUUUAUUUAUUAUUGAGAAUUACCAGUAUAGGUCCUUGUAAAGAUUAUAAUUAUAUGCUUGUUGAACAUAACAUUCUGUGCCAAAAACUGUUUGCCUGAUUUGGGCUCUAGAAGCAUAGAACAUCCCAUAUGGUAUAGAGUUCCAGCUCUGUGAUACAUUGUUCACUUAGGUCAAGGAAAAUGAGUGGGAGAAUCACACUUUUUUCUUUUUUCUUUUUUCUUAGAGUACACUUUAUCUCAUUCUUCAUGAAAAAAUAACAUGUUACUGUGUAGUUGCAUAUGUAAUACUCAUACUAUUCUUUGUCAUACUACAUGUCAUUAGUGUUAGCCAGGGCUGCCCCACUCCUCACUGCUCUAGGAAGCUCUUGGAAUCACAGGGAAGUUUGGCCUGACUGUUAAUUGUGGCUCAGGAUGUUGGGGAGGGAGGGAGGGAGGAAGGGAAUGCCAUACUUGCCUCGGAGCGUUUCACAGUGAUAACGUAUUUGAGGAGACUAAUAUUGUUGAUAUAUUUUAGGUUGAAUAAAAUAUUGCCUGUUGUGAUAAGUUCAGAGUAUCAUUGACACUGAUAAAGCAGCAACCUUGUGCCUGAUUUCAUGGAGAGAUUCAGUUUGUUAAAAUGGGUGGAAUUCAACUGAUGGUCAUUGUAGAGGCACAAGUUUAAUAUAUUAACUAUUUUCAUGUUACUGGGAUAUGUCUGAUGGAUGCCUUGUGACAGGAUGAGAGGUGCUGGUGUCAUAUAUUGCCAUUCAGGACUAUAGCAUGUAAUGGGAUCUAUUCAGCAUUAUAUUGGUGUU